AGCCCACGAAAAUUCUUUGAUCACAAAAGACAAUUACACCCUUAGGUUUCGACUAAUACAAUAUAAACAAACCCUUCUGCUAUCCGCCUCUUUCGUUCUCGCAUUCACUUCGACGCUAAACCCUAACCAGGAAGUAGAAAUUGAAAGAGUAAAAAAUGGCGAAGUCAAUGAGAUCGAAGAGGGAGAAGAGGCUUAGGGCUAUUAGAAGAGAGAUUGUUGAACCUUACUAUGACAAGAAAGAAGCUGCUAAGCUUGCUGCUCAAGAAGCUGCCCUUGCUGCUCCUAAACUUCAGGUUUCCGUCCCAUCAACUACUACUAUGGAAGUUUCCACUUCAUCUAUCAACAACAACCCCAUGGAUGUGGAGAUGUCUGAUGGAAAUCAGACUAAGACUUCCUUGAAGCCUGUUGGUAGAAUAGGGAAGAAAUUGAAAAAGAAGUUUAAGAUGGCUAAAGGCAACCGCCGCAAUGGUAAUUCAAAGCCAAGUAGAAAGCGUCACAUAUGAUUCCAAUAGUGAGUGCUAAUGGUGGGUCUUGGCUAGUUGAGAGUUCUUGUGCUAUUUUCAUUGUGUACUGGGACUGUUCAAUUCAUGACCACUGUUCAAUUUUUGAUUAAAAACACAAAGAUCGUUCAACCAUCUUCAUUAUGUAUUUGGAUUUCUAUUAACUACUGUUUUUAGAUAUAUUAAGGGACUCCAUAAUGUUAGCAUGGAUAUAUAACUUCUGUACUAAUCCAUGUUCUCGAAUGUGGAAUUUGAUAUCACUAGUUUAUAGUUCGCAUGGUUUUAGCUUUCUCAGCGUUUUGUUCCUUUAUCAAUGUAAUCUUGAAGAAUCUGCCAGAGGUAUGUUUAAUUUUUGUUGAAUA